AUGCUUCGCAACAACGAGGAAUUCUUGCGCCGUAUGAACUUGAAUGCCACAUUGUUACACUUGAAACGUAUGUUAGGCCACAUGACAACCAUGAGCCGUUUAGACAAUUACACGGACGUCUUGCUCAGCUGGAACAUCACCGACGAAGACAUAGAUUACGUGAAUAAUUAUAAUAUCAGCAAUCUGGCAAAACCGGCCUGCUAUUGCAACGGGACUGUACGAGAUCUGGCAGUUAAAUACAGGAAUUAUCACGGUUACGUAGCACUCGUGGUAUGUCUGUUCGGCAUGUUGGCCAAUAUGUUGAACUUUAUCGUGCUGACAAGAAAAGACAUGGUUACGACACCGAUAAACAGUAUCCUGACCGCCCUAGCUAUGGCAGAUGGCCUCGUGAUGCUUGAAUACAUCCCGUUCGCGAUUUACAUGUACAUCGUUCUACCAAAGAGGCAGAUAUUUCCUUACGCAUGGGCGGUGUUCGUUCUCUUCCAUAUGCACUUCACGCAGCUCCUGCACACCAUCAGCAUCGCCAUCACGCUCACGCUGGCCGUUUGGAGGUAUAUCGCGAUUAGGUUUCCGCAAUACAAUGCCUGGUGCACGACUGCACGUUGCAGGACGGCGCUGUGGAGCAGCGUUUUGGUGCCAAUUGUUGCAUGUGCCCCUAGUUAUCUCGUAUUCGGAAUAAGGGAACAGACACUAAACGAAAAUGGCACCAUGGAGAUCGCGUACAUCGUCGACUCACAGCACAAGGACUUCUUCUACCAGCUGAAUUUCUGGGUGCUAGGGGUGGUCGUAAAACUCCUACCGUGCGUCAUUCUCACUGUAAUUAGCUGCUGGCUAAUAAAGGCUCUUUACAGAGCAAAGAGUAGGAAGCAGGCCUUGAAAAACUACAAUCAGUGCAAGAGCACAACAUCAAUGGGCAAUGGUAUGGUCCCAAGGCGGCCGAGUAAAUCGGAGAAAAGAGCUGACAGAACGACGAAGAUGCUCGUGGCCGUGUUACUGUUGUUCCUUGUCACGGAGAUCCCUCAGGGUAUCCUAGGUCUUUUAUCCGGCGUUCUUGGCGACUGUUUCUUCCGCAACUGUUAUCACAAUUUCGGCGAGGUGAUGGACAUCCUGGCCCUGUUGAACGGCGCCAUCAACUUCAUCCUAUACUGUUCCAUGUCCAGACAGUUCCGUACAACUUUUGGCCAGCUGUUCAAGCCGAGGAUCAUGAAGAAAUGGCAGCCAGCCACGCAACAAACCGACGUGCAGAGCACUUACGUAUGA